CAUCACUCUUCCUAGGGUUCAUCGUCGCUCUCAGUUUUAUCUUAUCGUCCGAAUUUUGAAAAGUUUUGAUUCCAUGGGGAAGUGCUACCCAACUGUCAGUGAGGAGUACAACAAGGCUAUUGACAAAGCCAGGAGGAAGCUCAGAGGAUUUAUUGCUGACAAGAAAUGUGCUCCGCUGAUGCUCCGUCUUGCAUGGCACUCUGCUGGUACAUAUGAUGUGAAGACAAAAACUGGAGGUCCUUUCGGCACCAUGAGGUUUAAGGUUGAGCUAGGCCAUGCUGCCAACAAUGGUCUUGACAUUGCUGUCAGGCUACUGGAGCCUAUUAAGGAACAAUUUCCCAUCAUCUCAUAUGGAGACUUCUAUCAGUUGGCUGGUGUUGUUGCUGUCGAAGUUACUGGAGGACCAGAUGUUCCUUUCCACCCCGGAAGAGUGGACAAAGAAGAGCCCCCAAUUGAAGGGCGUCUUCCUGAUGCAAACCAGGGAAAUGACCAUCUGAGGAAUGUGUUCGUUGAGACCAUGGGUCUUGAUGACAAGGACAUUGUAACCCUCUCUGGUGGCCAUACUCUGGGAGCUGCCCACAAGGAGCGAUCUGGUUUUGAAGGACCAUGGACUUCUAAUCCUCUUAUCUUUGACAACAGCUACUUCACGGAACUUCUUGCUGGUGAGAAGGAAGGGCUCUUGAAGCUACCUACCGACAAGGCUCUUCUUGCCGAUCCUGUAUUCCGACCCUUGGUUGAGAAAUAUGCUGCUGAUGAGGAUGCCUUCUUUGCUGAUUAUGCAGUUUCCCACAUGAAACUCUCUGAGUUGGGAUUUGCAGAGGCUUAAGGAUUGCAAUGAGAGGGGUGAAAAGGCGAGGGAGGGCGACUACCUGCUGCAAUCAUCAUGAUCAUCAACUUCAUUUAAAUGUUUAGGUGGUUUUGUUUUGUUCUGUUUUGUUUUAAAGGGAUUAAAAACACAAUUGUGGAGGCUCUUUUGGUAUUUGGUGCAGCAGUUAGCUAUUACUGAACGAUGGAUCUCAUCCUACCUUUUUACUUGAAAGAAUUUGGUUUAGUUUUGUUUUGUUCCAUUACAUGUGUGGCUUGGUUUUGAA